AUCUCUGUUGGCUGUGAGAUCUGGUGUUUUUCUACCUGCAAUUGACCUGCGAGCCACCUGCCUUGGACCUGCUACUUACCUGCACUACAUCUGUGAUCCUCUAAUCCAGAACAAGUUUACACACAUUGAUUCCAUUUAAAAAACACACUUAACUAAUUGUUAAUCCACACACAUACUCCUUCUCCACACAAGCACACAGACACACAAACACACAGACACACACACAUACACACAAUUUGUUGAUUUCCCACUGCCAAGGUAAGUUGAAACAUUUGUGUAGUUGAAGGCUGACGUUGUCUGGUAAAGCAUUGUUUGUGAGUAUGAUUGGUACAGAUUCAAAGUUAAAGUUAAAGUUUCUUUGUGAACUUUGAAAAAAUAUUAAUUUUUUUUGUUUUUCAUUCUGAGAUGCCCCGUGCCAAGUCCCACCGUCGUGCCCAGGCCCAGAAGCGGAGGAUGGCGCAGCCGCAGCCAUGGACCCCCCAGCCGCCUGUCCCCGAGUUCGUUGCUCGGCGCGGUACUGGUUACCGCCAUCGUGUGCGGAGAUGGCCAACUUCGGAGCUGACCCAGCGGAGCUUCAAGUUGGUCACUCCAGCCCAGCAGCCGGACCAGAAGAUGGUGUUCGUCGUGGGAGCCUCCCACCUGCGGCCCAUGGUGGAUGGGAUCGUCGCCAUGCCGGAGGGACCUCUGUGUUUUUCUUUUCUCUCUGUUCCAGGUGCGCAUGCAGCAGAGCUGAGGACAGAGGUGUCGCACGCCGCUCUCCCUUGGACCCCGGAUGUGGUCUGCGUGAUGGCCCCCAGCAACAACCUGACAGCCAGCAGGAACAUCGGAGAGGCGUCGCUGGACUUCGGUGCUCUCCUGGCUACAGUCUGCAGCCGCUGGGCGAAGGUGUUUGUGCUGGACUUCCCUCCACGCCUGAACAUCGAGCCUGGCUUGCAGGAGCUGUUUCGCCAGGAGUUCCGCCGUGUCGCAGCACGCAUGGGUCUCCCAUACGUGUCUGUGGCAGAGCACCUCCCUCUGGAUCGGUUGGAGCUGUGGAGCCGUGACAGUGUGCACCUCAGCGACAGCGAUGGAACGCCGAUCCUGGUCCAGGCCCUGUGGGACGCCGCGGUCCACCAGCUGGCUCCUCCCCCUCCUCCUCCGCCUUCGGUGCCCCCCCGGACAUCGCCUCGUGCCAGGGUCUCCCCCGUGCUGGUCGUGACAGGACACAGGCCCGCGCCCCGUCACCGCGACCCACUGGAGUGGACCGUGGUCGGACAGGAGGGCAAGGCUCGAGCAUCUCCGGUGCAAGAGUCUGUCCUUCCAUCCAACCCCGUGUGGUUCAGCGGCGACAUGCUGGAGGCCAUGGAGACGGUUUCUCCUUCUUCAGACGACGACACUGCCGUUCCACCAGCUGGCCAGGUAAACUGUCUGAAAAUUAUGUUCACGAUAGUAAGAAGCAAACCGGAAUCCAUAUUAGAUCUGAUUUUGUGUGAGUGUGUGUGUGAAUGGUUGUGUGUUUUUCCGAGUGCGUGCUCUGUCUUUUAUUGAGUCAGGUCAUCAUGGUGUUGGUGGUUGUGUGGCUCAGGUCCCAGG